AAUACUCCAGCUUUAUCUGUGUGUAUUUAACACUGUUCUUAUCUAAAAUAUAAAGAUAGAGUACUUCGAUAAUAUAGUUUUAAAUAGAUUAUCAUUUUGACUUUGAACGUUACGUUUAAUUAUUCGAAGAUACAGACGAAAAUAUGGGUUUAAAAUUCGUAAGCAAUUUAUCUUUUAUGUUUCUGGAAGGUCCAAGUUUAAUCGAAAGAUACCAACUUGCUAAAGAGGCUGGCUUCAAGGCUGUUGAAAGUGGUUUUCCAUUGGGUUUCUCUCCGGAGGAAGUAGCUAACGCAAAAAAUAAAGCAAAUAUCGAACAAAUCCUCAUUAAUGUAUUUACAGGUGAUACGUCCAAAGGCGAAUUGGGAUUUGCUGCGAUACCUGGACAAGAAGAGUCGUUUAAAAAAAGCAUCGAAACAACCAUACAAUAUGCAAAAGCAUUAAAUUGUAAAUUGAUACAUGUUAUGUCUGGAAAAGUAAAUAAUCCAACUGUAGACAAUGAUAAAGUUUAUGAAAAAAAUUUGUUGUAUGCUGUAGAGAAAUUUAAAGAAGAAGGAUUAAUAGGUGUUAUCGAACCGAUCAAUAGCAUUACUGUACCAAAUUAUUAUAUGAACAAUUUUUCAAAAGGCUUGAACAUUGUAAAAAAGAUUAAUAGUCCUCAUUUAAAAUUGCAACUUGAUAUUUUUCACAUGCAACAUUGUUGUGGCAAUCUUACGCGUAAUAUUGAAGAGUUGCUUCCUUUCAUUGGUCAUAUUCAAAUAGCUCAGGUACCACACAGACAUGAGCCAGAUACCACGGGUGAGAUAGAUUACAAAUAUAUUCUUUCAUUAUUAGAAAAUAAAGGUUAUCAAGGAUAUAUCGGUUUGGAAUAUGUACCAAAAGCAAAUACUGUCGACGGAUUAAAAUGGAUAACAAAAUUUGGUUAUUCUUUGUAAUGUUAUGAUACAUCUACCUUAUAUACCUGAUAUAUAAUAAUUUUAAAAAAUAUAAUAUAUGUUAUAUUACAA